AUGUACGGCUCAAGCGAAAACCAAGAGCUGCGCGCUCUUUAUCAAUUCGGGCAGCCAGAUUCGACAACCACGCGCCAUGCUACGGAUCAAGAACCCACUUCUGUUGCAAAUGACCGCGCCGGUGGUAGUAACAAUUACAAUACCGAGGCAGAUAGCUUUUCGCCUCGCGAGGAGAACAUCCACGGGAUGCCGACAUCUCCUGGUGCAUUUGGGAAUGCAAAUGACACCUACGUUCCUACCGGGAACGGGAACGUUGGCUCCCACGCCACUGUGUCUUUCGAUGCCGCUGGAGAGAAGCAGCACCAUAAGGACGGCUCGAAGAAAAAUGUCAUCAAGAAAAUGCUCGGAACAGACAAGAAGAGCACCAAAGGGAUGACGGACGAGGAAAAGAAGGCUUAUCAGAUACAGGAGCGUUGGAAAAACGCCGUACUCGAGGAACAGCGCCUCAACGAACUCGAAGGUCGUGUAGCUCAAGAAGAGACAAUGACAGGCAUUAUCGGCCAAGCUCCGAAUUUUCCACCCAAGAUUCUGUGCAUUCGGCCGCUCGUGUACCACAAGAUCUCCGACGUUUCCCCAGAACGUCGCCGAUUUGUGACGAUGGCCUUCUGGGACUGGGUCGCGGUGUGCAUUGUCCUCGUCGCAAACUGUCCCAUCACCAUCGCCUGUAACUAUGUCCCGUACAAGUCGUCAAUUGACAAGUCGCGCACGCGAGACAUCAACAAAGGGCUGAAUAUCGUGCUGGCAUGCAUUUAUUUGGUGGGAAUUCCGCUCAGCUUCCUGAUCUGGUAUUGGCCCAUUUAUCAGAGCAAUUACAAGCUGCGCCCAACGCAACAUGUCUUAGCGUUGAGCGGCCUCAUCGUAGCUCUUGCACAGACAAUUUUUGCCUUUGUGGGCCCAUAUAGCUAUGGAUUUUGCGGCAUUCUCUCGUCGAAGUGGGUUGGUGAGACGCGCGAAAAGGGUGUUGUGGCACCGAUGGCUAUCGUGACAGCGCUGUGGGGUGUGCAGGCCGUCUUCACCUGCUACAUGAUCUGCCAAGUUUUUAUUUACUACCGCCGCGAUUUGGCUGCCAGGCGGGCGCAGCGCCGCCAGCAAUUGGCCACAGGCCAGUAG